AACCUUCUAUGCGAUGACCUUGACGUCUCUCAUUCACCUCAUGAAUCCUCGACCUUGGGUGAAUGCCACACUUCUUCGCUACAUACUGCAGGUGUCUCACAUAUGUCGGAAUGGGACGCUCUUGGCUGCCGCGCAUACUUGAGCAGCAAUACGACACGAUACAUGCGCGCGAAGAUCCGCUUGGACUUACUGCUUCGUGUCUGGGAUGCCGAAAUGACAUCUGCGGCUUCAUCAGGUGGAACCUUGUGCAACGCUGAAGCCCCGAGGUGUGAACUUCGCAAAUGGAUCCCUUACUUCGAUUCGUUUCUUCACUCUACUGGACGGACCUGAUCGUGCAACUGGGACAUGGCGGUUGAUCACGAUGAACAGCCCCAUACCUUCACCUCCAAAUUGCUACCCGUAAUCUGCUGACGACGCUGGA